CACAUCCCGCGCGCAGGGGAGCUCGGUCACCGUCAGAAUCAUCGGCGGAUCUCCAUGCGCUCUGCGUGCGUCCCGAGCGCAACUGUCUCCAAUCAAAAACUGCAUGAGUUAGAGGACGGCUGCUUACCCCGCUUCGGUGGACUUUGCUCAUUUGUUCAUUAGGAAGAUGCGUUAAAAUAAUUAGCACACCUGGAAAAGCCGAGUCUCUUAAGAUACCACAUCAGCGACUUACUUGGAGAGGACUCACAGAAGCCUUCCUUCUCAGCGUCUUGGGCGGUUUUCAGCAGGAAACAGCGUAUUUUUAAGGGAGGAGGAGAUCAGGUUUCAUCUUCUGUUUAAUUCAACUUGCGCAGUCUUGUUCUUUUAUUUUUUCUUUCUUUUUUUAUUUUUUUGCGCGCAACCUUUCUCCAAUGCCCCCCCGGUGUAUGCGCCCUGCAGAACCGAACUUCACGAUCCUCUGAGGGGAUUUUGCGGAGAUUUAUUCCGAACAGUCACGGACCAAAAGACUUACAGAAUAAGGACUCAUUAGGAGUGCAAGGAGAAUGAAGAGUCACCGGGGCCGGGGCAAACACCAUGAGUGGCCCGUGGACCUCCACUAGACUGACGGCCCUCAUGUUUCUAUGGAAGUGGUUGACAUUAAGCCUGCUCCUAAGCUGGUUGUCAGUAGGGGCCAGUGCUGCCGACUCUACCGGCGCUGGCUUCAGUGGCUCAAAUGGACCCCUGGGCUGGCUCCUGUCAGAGAAGGGUCCUUUUCACAAUUCGCAGGAGUUUGUUGAUUUCACAGAGCGCUACCAGCAGGGAUUCACCACCAAGUACAAAAUAUACAGGGAAUUUGGCCGUUGGAAGGUGAACAGCUUGGCCCUGGAGAGACAAGAAAACAAUGGCUUUUCGUUGCCGCUGGACCCAGAGUUCCUCCAGACCAUUAGGCAGCUGGGCAGGAGGCCCAGUCUCAGAGCCAUCACUGACAACCUCAUCAGGAAAUACGGAACCCACUUCCUGCUUUCCGCAAUGCUGGGAGGGGAAGAGUCCUUAAUGAUCUUUGUGGACAAGAGAAAGUUGAGUCGGACGUCUGAAGCGAGUGAAUCCAACGGCACAGCUGUGACGCUGGAAGCUCUGCACCAGCUGGCUGCCUCCUACUUCAUUGACAGAGAGAGCACCUUGCACAAGCUGCACCACAUCCAGAUCGCUUCCACUGCCAUCAAGGUGACCGAAACAAGGACGGGCCCACUUGGAUGCAGUAACUAUGACAACCUCGACUCUGUCAGCUCUGUUUUGGUUCAGAGCCCUGAAAACAAGAUUCAUUUGCAAGGCCUCCAGGCCAUACUGCCAGAAUAUCUGAGAGCCAGGUUUGUGCAGGCUGCUCUAAGUUAUAUUGGCUGUAAUGAAGAGGGCCAGUUUGUGUGCCGGGACAACGACUGCUGGUGCCAGUGUGCUGUCGACUAUCCGCAAUGUAAUUGCCCUGAGGUUGAUCUGAGGGCUAUGGAAGGCAGUUUACUGCAAAUCAGAGAUUCAUGGAACAUGGCCAACCAAGACUUUGAGGCUUCAGAAGAGUUUCAAAACUUUGUUCGAAGGCUUCCCACAUUCUACGCCCUGAACGGGUCUGCCAUCCAGUAUUUCUGGAAGACGGAGCCGUCCAUUCACCAGCGAUACAAACAGCUAGAGCUCAGCACACAGCAGCUUGCAAGCAAAGCACGGCGCAUCAUCAACAAGAUCUUUACCCUCAGCAAGAGAUGUCAAACUCAGCCAAAAAUUAUUAUGCUACGGGAAAGGCCGUUUGGGUAUUGGCUCAACUACAUCCUGUCCAUCAUGUACUGCAGUGAAAACAACCACCUGGGUUCCUACAUGGAGGAGACCCGGAGCUGCUCCUGCCCAUACGAGCAUCCCCCCUGCCAGAGUAUGAUCCCAUGCACAGUAGGAGAGGGCUCCUCGUGCGCAUCCUGCUCCUAUGAAAAUCGCUCCCGCUGUGCCACAUGCAAUCAGGGCUACAUGCUGAGCCAGGGCGUGUGCCGCAACGAAGUGCCAGAUUCCACUGACCAUUACAUUGGCUUUGAGACUGACCUGCAGGACAUGGAGUUGCGCUACCUGCUGCAGAAAAGAGACAACAGAAUCAGCAUCCAUGGGAUCUUUGUCAGCAAUGAUGUCAGGCUGAAUAACUGGUUUGACCCAUCAUGGAGAAAGAGGAUGUUGCUGACUCUAAAAAGUAAUAAAUACAAAUCAAACCAUGUCCACAUGCUCCUGGGCAUGUCUCUGCAGAUUUGCCUUACCAAGAACAGCACACUUGACCCCAUGCUCUCUGUCUACAUCAAUCCAUUUGGGGGGAGUCACUCAGAGAGUUGGAUCAUGCCCAUUGACCAGAACAACUACCCAGACUGGGAAAGGACUAAAUUAGAUCUUCCCUAUGACUGUUACAACUGGACUUUGACAUUAGGCAAUAAAUGGAAAACAUUUUUUGAGACUGUCCACUUCUACCUACGGAGCCGCAUUAGAGGGCCUUCAGGCAAUGGAAAUGGAAGUGUAUAUUUUGAACCCCUGGAAUACCUGGAACCGGGCCAAAAUCUGGGCUACAUGAAGAUCAACAGCAUCCAGGUCUAUGGCUACAGCAUGCACUUUGACCCAGAAGCGAUCCAGGACUUAAUUUUACAGCUGGACUACCCGUACACUCAGGGAUCGCAGGACUCGGCCCUUCUGCAGCUGCUGGAGAUCCGGGAUCGGGUCAACAGGCUUUCCCCACCUGGAGCUCAGCCUCUGGAUCUAUUUUCCUGUCUGUUGCGGCAUCGGCUCAAAUUGUCCACAACAGAUGUUACCAGAAUCCAGGCAGCAUUGCAGACUUUCAGUGCCAAGCAGCCAAACUCCAUUGAAUAUGAAACAACCAAAUUAUGUAGCUAGUAAGUUGGCCGGUGGCCAGAUGCACAGAUGGAGCAGUUAUCACACAGGCCUAUCAAUUGCGAGGAGCAAUUCUAAAGCAGUGCAAUGAACAUUUUGGUGGACUUUGUAAUUGACAUGAAUCUCAACUCCACGACUGAGAUUCUCAUAUCAACUUUUCCUAUAAAUUUGUAUGACAUCUUAGAAUUGAAUAGGUUGUCACCAUACAUGCCUCAUUACUCUUUAUGAAAAGGUUUGUUGUCAUAUUUUACCAAUGUGCUAAAAUUUGUAGAUUGUAGAAACUUGAUUCACUUGCACACAUAAAAUAGAAACAUUAUGUUGUCAAAGAAUAAUCCAAAAAUAACCUUAAUACCAGCGUGGUUUAAUUUAUUUAUUUUGGUGUUUCUCUCAUCACAAAAAUAGUAGUUUUCAUUUUAUUAUGCAUCAAUGGGGCAUGUCUUUUUACUUGUUUUUAUUUACUUUCCAAACAAGGAUCGUCACUUUUUACCUAGUCUACAACACAUUUUUGUAAGAAAAUGCGAAAUAGAUGCUGUAUCAUACAGAUUUCUUGAAAGAUACAAUAUAACAGGUUCACAAUGUGUUACAUGUGCUUUUAUUUUUAUAAUGCUGUUGUUUGUGAAGCAAAUGAUAUGACAACAUUGUCUAUAAAAUGUACAGUAAAAUUUGUUAAUACACUAAAUAAAAUAAAUUUUUAUGUGUGGUCUAUAUCCAUUUUGCGUGUUUUAAAAACUGGCUUUUGCUCCAUAUUGCUAAAAAGAGUGGAGAUAAAUAGCAUGUAAAUAGAAUCAGGCCACGUUUUUGCAAAAAUAAUAAAUUUGACUUUGACUUCACUUUGCCCUGUAAAUAUGCAUAUUUGAGUUUUCAAAUAUGCAACUCACACAGUAUUGAAUGUCCUAACUUGAGAUUUUUGAAAAGUGUUUUUUCGAGGUCAGAAAGAUUAUUGAAUUUACCAAAAGUCAAUUGUUUGUUGUAAAAUCAUCCCAACCUUUGCUGAAGUCCCACACAAAGUAUAUUUUUAAGAAAUGAUUCAUAGGUUCACUCUGUACAUUUAUCAAAAACUUCCAAUGCCUCUCUCUCUAUAGCAACUCUUCAAAUACAUCACACAAAAAUAAAAAUGAGUAAAUGUAAAACAGAAAAAUAAAAUAUUAAGAAAGUGUUAAUAAAAACUGUAACAGAAAAAGGGAAAUAGCAGAAGGAAUUGCAUUUAGUGUCUAUACAACUUCUUAUAAUUGUUAAUUGAAAUGUCUAAUGAAUGUAUUUCACAAAGGUUAUGUUUUGGGUGAACGAAAAAAAUAUAAUAACAAUUUAAACAAUAGCAAAUUGGAGCUAAUACAUAAUACCAGACAUUGAAGCUGCAAAUUUGGUGCUCUGCUGUAACAAAACAAUGAUGGGUUUUAGAUCUCUUAGCUUCAGAUUUUUGUUGAUGGAUGGCUGCUUGGGGGCAGUGGGGAAGACACAAGAAUCAAAGCCUUAUAUCUCAGGUGUGUCUCACAGUGGUUUGUACUCUGUUGUAAUUUGUAGAGGUUUAUGUCUUAUUCCAAGUCAUGAAAUAAAAGCAUUAUUUUUUGUCUCCA